CUGAACACCGACUGCACAAGGCGUCCUGUCUCUGCUCCUGUACCAACUAUGAUAGAACACUUUCAGCGCGUCAAGGAGUCCUUCGAAAUAUGCCAGCAUUGCGAACAUGAAAUCGACAUCGAGGUCAACCGUCCUCCCGAACCUCACGAAGAUCCCGCCCUCCGUGCCGGGCUUGUACCCUCUGCGGCGGAGAUCAGCAGCGUCAAGGCGUCUAUCGACGAGACGGAAGAGAUGCUGGAUACCCUUGCUUACGAGCUGAUGUAUCUUGAGCACAUCAUCGUGGUGCUCAAAUACAAGCAGAUAGCGCUGGAAGAGCUUCAGGAUAGGCAACGUGCUUAUAUCGCUCCCAUCCGUCGACUCCCCAACGAAAUUUUGUCCGAAAUAUUUGCGUACAGCUGCUGCGACGCGUCUGCCGGUACCUAUAACUGCACGCCCGUCAAGAUUGGCCGAAUUUGCAAGCAAUGGCAUGACAUCAUAUACAACAGUCCACGAAUCUGGAGUCAUCUCAGAUAUCACCCAGUCCAUGUCGAUGCUCAGGAGUGCAGACGGAUGCGCAUGUGCCUGCGUAAUUCCAGAGGUCUUCCGCUACGCGAUCCGGUCAGGUUCUCGGACGACUCGCACUCUCUACAGAUCUUCAACGUCAUGAAGGACUUCUCCGACCAAUGGACGUCGCUUGAAGUGAGUCCUUACCUCCACAGUGACACCAAUUCUCUGUGCGAGCGGCUCGGUGAUCGACCACUGUCUCGACUGCAGUACAUCGAGAGCGACGUCCUCUGCCUUAUCAAAGGAGAUGUCCAUCGGGUUUUCGAACGCCGUGCGCCGGCCUUGGAGUGCGUUAAGCUCUCUGUCAAACGUGGGUCCGUCACGGAGUUGCCGAACCUGCCUUGGCACCAACUCGUGCACAUACACCUGACCUGCGCUUGGGACUACGCAGUCAAGGCCUUAGCAGGAUGCACGAGACUGGAGUCGAUGGUACUCAACCUAUCCGGGGCGACCACCCUCGACACUGCUUCCCUACCGCAUGUGACGCUCGCGGAGCUUCACACUGCGCACGCCACGUUCUCGACGCUGGGAGGCUGCGAGAUGCUUGAUUUUUUGGAAGCUCAUGGCUUGCGGGAUCUCUCCUUGACGUGGCCCGAUAAAGUCGCCGGGCCGGAGGUGCACUCUGGCACCCAUCUAUACCAUUUCCUUGCGCGCUCGAAGUGCCGUCUCGACCGCCUGCAGCUCCGCGGGGUACCGGCAAGCGAACGGGCAGUGGUGUCCUCGUCAUUCGAUGGGCUGCGCGCGCUUACGCUCCGCGUGCGGGACGAUAUGCCGCUUUCCGAUGGCGACUUUGCUGCGCUCGCCGCCGUGGCCGGCGACGGCACUCCCGCGGCGUUAAAGGACCUGGAGUACCUCAGCAUCGGCGGGCCCGGUCGCUAUCGCGGAGACGGAAUUCUACGCCUGUUGGAGGCCCGUCGUGAGGCCCGCAAGCCGCUGAAGGGCAUCGUCUUGUCCAUCGAGGAUGUGACAGACCUUGAUUACUUCGAUGGCGAGAUCGACAUGGUGCAGCGUUUGGAAGAGGAAACGGAACCCAGAGUCACGGUACACAAAGGAUAUCAUUACUUGGCCCGAAUGUGGGAUAGACAGGAAAAGGAAUUAAGUGCGGGGAAGUACAUCGAGAUUGCCAUGAUCGCGCACACUGGCGUCGGUCAGAGUGCAAUGAGGGAGAUUGCGCUGAUCAAGGAAAUGAUCCAAGAGAAGACGGUGUCUUUGCACGAAAUUGUGGUGUUUAUCCUCCAUCUCUUCCCAACGUCGCGGACGCUUCUGUCUAUCAAUCUCGUCACGUCGUCGACCUACCAGCUGCUCAAUGACCUGCCAUACAUCCUCCGCUCCGACCUCGCCAGUCAGCUGACGGUCUCGUAUGUCAUCCUGAAGAUCGGCUACCUUGAGCUUUACCAUCCCAGAGUAGCGGUGCCGUGUCUAUUGCUGCGCGAGUCCUUUCAUAACCUGGAUGUUCGUCUGACGCCCAGCGGCAGAAGUGGUUUCACAAGGCCUCACGGCCAACAAGGAAGCGAGUUGGCAGCCCGUGUUCCGAUCCCAGCGUUCUUCCUGCAUACCGCCAGCGCCCAAGAGGGUCGCGGCACAUCUCAGCUCCCUCUUGACCGUCGUAUCACCCAAGACGAUACGCUUUCAACAGCGGCAGAUGUUCUACCGGCCCUUGCCGGCAGACCGGACGUCAGACGGACGAUGCAGAGGACAUCGGCUGACCUUGUUCCAUGCGAAAGUGGUGCCCGCAAGCGCGGCAGACCUGCCGGCAGGUGAAGUGAUCAUGUACUGAAGGCGCACAAGCGCGCUCUUCUUGCAUUUAGUCGGUAUCCCUUUCUGGAUCUGGGCGUUAGGCUCGACGGCAGAGAGAGCUGUCUUGGCAUCGUUGAGUCCGACUCAUCGCAGAGGAGGCCAUGCGUUGAGUAUGCGGUCCUGUGUGGUCUCCUCGCGCGCGUCCAUUGCAAUCUCAAUCGACUGC